AUGAAUAGUCACUAAUUAGCAGUUCAUAGUAGUGUUAACCCCUAAUAAUUUGCCAAUUAUCCAGGGGGAUAUUCGCAAGUUACUCAUAAUUAUUACAAUCACCCCUAGCAUCCUUAGACCUCUAGUUAUUAGCAAUAAUAUUCUGCUAGUUACUAGCAAAGCCAGCAAACAGGUAACACUAAUCAUUAGACCAAUAUAAAAAAUUAAAUCUCACAUAAAAUGGCACCAUAAGCACCGAUUAGUACUGCUUAUGCUUAAAACGAUAUUCCCAUUUCUACAAAUUAUAUGCAACAGCCCUAAAGAACAUUGCAGUCUCUCUUAGCUGUCAAUGGAAAGAUUAAUCCUAACAAACUAUUUGCCUUUUUUUAUAUGUCAACCACUGAACUUGCUUAAAAGAGUCCUUAUCUUAUUGCUAUUGAAAAUCUAAGGAAGAAAUUGAGUUUAUUUGGAGUAAAAUUUGCUAAUUUUACUUUGGAAUCAAUCACUCAUCCAGGCUAUUUAAGUAAACUUAAGAACUGCAUGAAUCCGAGAAAUAUGACUAAAACUAUUUAGCAAAGAAACGCUGAACUUGAGGAUGUUAUAAAUGAGUUAAAAGUAGAUUAUAAGAAAAAUCAAUCUGUUCAAAGGUUAAACCAACCAUAAAUACCUCCUUAUGUGGUAUCAGCUCAUAUUUUUGAAAAGAAUCCGUAAGAUCUUGAUAAUACAAUACACUGCUAUCUUUUAAGCAUGAGGCAUGAUAUUAUUACUUUCAAAAUGUGCGAAAAAAUUAUUGAAUAUUGGAUGUGCUAGAGAGUGGAGUGGCAUAUUGAAAGAGGAUUAAAAAUUAAUUCAGAUGGUUAGGCUUCAAUAAACGGCAGAGGCGUUAGUUUGCAAAGUUUAAAUGCUAUGAGUUAAAAUGCUAGAAGGAAUGCAAUUAAAGAAGCAAGUUAAUCAAUUUUCGCUAUUACUUGUAGGAACACUGGUGCAGUAACUGCUUCUUAAUAAUCAAGUGGCUAACUGUCUAAAGAUAACCAGUUCGCUUAAGAGCAUCAUAUAUUUACUCUGCUAUCUCCAUCAAUUAUAUCUUAACUAAAGUAGUUUUUUGACAACAAGGUACAUGUAGGGAAAUAUGAUAUACCUAGUUUCCAUAAAGCAUCACCUCUGGGUACUUCUAUAUUUCCUCAGUUAAUUGAGAGAUAACAAGGAAUGUAAAGUUUUGACUAAUUAAUGGAAAAACAUCAGAAAGAUAUGCAAAAAUUGAGAAAGAAACUUACACCUAAAGAAAGAAAUCCAAAACAAAUAGAAGAGCCUAUGCCUGGAUUGAAUCAUACUUAUUGCAAUAUUUGCAAAGAGCAAUUUAGAAAUUAUCUGGAACAUAUAAAUUCAACUAAUCAUAGAAGUAGCGUUAGAACAGGCAGUAAUGCUGUAUUUUUUCAAGAAAUAGAUAAAGCUUUGGUAGAUGUAGCAAAUCAAUAUAACAAGAAGCUGGAUAUAUAAUAAGCUUAACUCUAAAUUUAAGGUAAAAAAAGAAGUAGAUUAAAUCCAGAAGAACAAAAUGGCAAAAAAGCAUCUUCAAAAUCAAAGAAAGGCUAAGGAAAUUUUAUAGAGAUUGAAGAUGAAUCAUCAUUCAACGACUCUGAUAGUCCUAAAAGUGAAAGCAAAAAAACAAAUUCAGCAAAGAAAAGAGAUUAAAAAUUAAAGGAUAAAAUUGAAUGCUAAUAAAAGGAAAAAAGUCCAAGAUUUCCUAAGGUGCCUUAAUAAAUUAAUUAAUAAAAGUAGGGCUAAGUUCCAUAAGUCCAAUGCAAAAUAUCUAAAUUACAAAGUAUGAGGAAUUAUUAUUUAAAUACCAAUGGAGGUGUAAGCAACGUCCAGCAAAAUCAGAAUUAAACUAAUAAUAACUAUACCAACACUAAUACAUGUGGGAAUUUAAUGCCAAACAAAAGAUUUAAAAGUUGA